CUUUAUUUUCGUGUAAAUGUAUGCAGAAACGCUUUUAUAAUCUCUGUUUACAGCAUAAGUAGGUCAUUGCUGUUGGGUAACUGCGCUUUCUGUAUAUUUUUAACAUUUUAAAAUGUCAGUAGUGUUUAUUACCAUUUAUAACCACAUUAUUGUUGGGGUAUGAGUGAUUUUAAGCGAAGCUAAAUUUGUCAACUGAUUUAACUUGUGUUUUACCGCUCAAUGUACAGAUAUAAACAAUUCAACAAUCGUAAUGUUAGUUAUUAUUAUUAGAAAUGUUGUUUGAGUCUGUCAUGUUUCCUACAGCUCCUGUAAAUGCAUAUUAAUGAGCCCAAUUUUUAAUUGAAAUUCCAGUGGUGGCCGCUAGAGAGCGCCAGUGAUCAAUAAUCUUGAAGCACAUACUCUAAAUGAUAAUGAUAAUUGGUAAAUGAUGCUUUCUGUGUUUCAGCAUGUUUCUGGUGGGGUUAACCGGAGGGAUCGCCUCAGGGAAGAGCACAGUGUCUUCUCAACUCAAAGAGCUAGGCUGUCCUGUCAUCGAUGCAGAUCUGGUUGCCCGAAAAGUGGUGAAGCCCCAGAGCCCAGCGUACAGACUGAUUUUACGGCACUUUGGACGGGAAAUAUUGUUAGACAAUGGCGAGAUUGACAGACAGAAACUGGGGCAGAUAAUCUUCUCCAACCCAGAGAAGCGAAGACUUCUGAACUCCAUCACACACCCAGAAAUACAUAAAGAAAUGUUCAAACAAAUACUGCUGUACUUCAUCAAAGGCUACAGGUAUGUGAUUUUGGAUGUGCCGCUGCUUUUCGAAACUCGACGUCUCACUCGGUUCCUAACCCACACUGUUGUCGUAUACUGUGAUCCGGCGACGCAGCUGUCCCGACUCAUGCAGAGGGAUGGUUUGAGUCAGGAGGAGGCCGAAAAGAGAACUGGCGCUCAGAUGCCCCUCAAAGAGAAGCGCGGACUGGCCAGUCACGUGAUCGAGAACUCGGGCUCUCGCGAGGACACUCACAGACAGGUGCUGCGACUGCACACCAAGCUGGAGGACUCCAUGGAGUUUCUGGUCGUCAGGGCGGUCGCCGUGGCAGCCGUCGCCGGGCUCGGCGGCCUGUUCCUGUAUACAGUCAGACUGCUCGUCUCUUAGCAAACAUACAGAACUCUAUGUUCACCCAAAACUGAACUUCUGUCAUCAUUCACUCCUGUAUGCAUUCCUUGCUUUUUGAAGAAAUGCCUAACAACAUUGGACCCCAUUGACUUUCACUCUAAUCUAACGCCUAAACUCAUUCAGGUUUGGAAUGACGAGUAAAUGAUGACAGAAUUUUAAUUUCAGUCUGAAAACAAUAAAGAAUAGGAUUUUUUAUUUUAACAUUUUAAGUUGUGUUAAGGUUUUAUUGGAUGUCUAACCUCACUUGACCUCACCACCGACAGCUAGUUUGCAGCCUGAGCUACAUCUGUGAAAUCUCCAUAUUGACGGUUACUGCACACAGUUGUAUUAUGUGAUUUCUGUGGAUUGUACGGUACGUCUAGCGCAGGCUGCGUAACUAUCAACACAAUAACUGUGAUUCAUCUUAAGUGUAAUAUAUUGUAUAAAAUAGAACUGACAACAAUGCAACUUUUUUUUUUUACCUCAAUACACAUUUGUUUGUUAAUUAUGAAUUCACGCUUUCACAAAAUGGAAUGUAUCAGUAUCUUCUGCUGCUCUUUGUGAACAUCAUAUAUUUUGAUCUAUAUCUGAAUUAAACAGAUAUACAACAUCA